GGGUCGCCCAGCCGGUCCGACCGGCCUCGGCAGCGCGCGCGGGGCGCCGGGCUGGGCGGCGCGAGGGGUGCAGGGAAGGGAGGCCGCCGGGUGCCUGCUCCGCCGGCGGGAAGAGGAGCGCAGGCCACGGGUGAGCAGGAUGGCAGCGAGACCCCGCUGACGCCGGCUGGGGCCACUGGCCGGGAGCGACAUGUGUCUGCGCAUAGGUGGCCUGAAUGUGGGUGAGUUCCGGAAGGUGCUGAUGAAGACCGGGCUCGUGCUGGUGGUGCUGGGUCACGUCAGCUUCAUUGCAGCCGCUGUACUCCAUGGCACCAUGCUGCGCUUCGUGGCCGCCGCCCGUGACGCCGUGGUUCUACAGUACUGCGUGGUGGACAUCCUCUCUGUCACCUCUGCCAUUGUGGUCAUCAUCUCGGGAAUUGCAGCUGUCAUCUUCUCACGCUACCUCCCCAGCACCCCCUUGCGCUGGACCGUGUUUAGCUUGAGCGUGGUCUGUGCGCUCCUCUCUCUGGCCUGCGCCCUUGGACUCCUGGCCUCCAUCGCGGUGACUUUUGCCACCCAGGGCCGGGCACUACUGGCAGCCUGUACUUACGACAGCCCUGAACUCCCAACGCUGGCACCUGACUGUCCUUUUGACCCUACUCGAAUUUACAGCUCUAGCCUGUGCCUCUGGGCCAUCUCUCUGAUGUUCUGUGUGGCGGAGAGUGUGGCGGCUGUGCGCUGCGCCCAGCUCGUGCAUCGGCUGCUGGAACUGAGGCCCUGGUGGGGGAAAAGCUGCCACCACACGAUGCAAACGAGCCCAGAGCUCCUGGACGGCCAUGACCUCCUGAGCUGUACCAGCUCUGUGCAGCUGACCAUCUGACACCUGGGGGCGGGGCCGUGGCUACUGAAGCACAUGACCGAGCCUGGACCUGUGAUAAAGCCUGCACUGACCAGUGCCCAGGGAGCCAUGGAAGCCUAGGUGGAUCCAGGACCCCCCAGAACAGGCCGAAGAUGGCUCAGUGGACCCCUGGGGACCUGGGAGGAGGCUUUGAAUGUUCUCCCUGGCCACCCAGCACUCCGCACUGAAACAAGACUUUAUUUUGAAGUUAUUAAAAAGAACAGAGAUGCUC